UGUAUUAUUAUUUUAUUAAAAAUUAGAAAUGGUUAAGCAUAACAACGCUCUCCCAAAUGUUCACCUGAGAAAGCAUUGGGGAAAGUUCGUUAGAACUUGGUUUGAUCAGCCAGCCAAAAAGGCUAAGAGAUACUCUAACAGAAAGUCCAAGGCUGAAAAGAUUUUCCCAAGACCACUCAAGAAUUUGAGACCUAUUGUAGCUGGACAGACUAAUAGGCAUAAUGGAAAACUUAGAUAUGGUAAAGGAUUCACCACUGAGGAGCUCAAGAAAGCUGGUCUUACCCCUACUUUCGCAAGAACUGUUGGCAUUGCCACUGACCACAGAAGGACCAAUGCUAAUAAAGAAGCUCUCGAGAGAAACGUUGCUAGACUUGAAGAAUAUAAAAAGAAGAUCAUUUUGUUCCCAUUGAAGGAAGGACAACACAAGAAGGGACAGAUCAACGAUGCCACUGCUGAGCAGGUUAAAUCUGAAGCCACCAACAUUCAGAACAACAACAAGAACAUUAUUGAUCUUCCAAAGAGCGACAAGAGCGCUGAAUUUGUCACUUUGACUGAGGAAAUGAAGAAACACCGUGCUUACCAACAAAUAAGACAAGCCCAGAUUGGCCAGAAAUAUGGAAGAAAGAGACAUAAAAAAGCUAUGUAUGCUGAGGCAUGCAGAAAGGCUGAAGCCGAAGGAAAGGAGAAACCAAAGACAAAGAGAGAAUUGAAACUGAAGAAAUAAUUCUGUAAAAUUG